UGAGUUAAAGACUGACAUGAAGGCCACUUUAGAAACUCGUCAGACUGAGGCGUACUAUAAAAUUAACCAGGUUUAAUUCCUUUAUUCUUUCAGACUAGUUUUGCAGCUCUCCCAUUGUUUUGAUACAAUACAUCCCAAAGCAGUGAAACGUAUAAAUGAUGCUGAAGUAAAGACUGACAGCUGUCGGCAUCAUGUUCUCCACUACACUGGUCGUUCUGCCGCUGCUGUGGCUCUCACUGGCCUCUGCAACUCACUUCCUUGGAGGGGUUGUGAACUACAGAUACAAAACUCUCAGCAAUGGGAGGAUUGGGGUGGAACUCAGGAACAAGGCAACAUUCCACUCAUGUCAAUACCAAUAUGGAACUUGUUAUGGUAACUUGAACAGCUGUGGGAUCAAUGACCAAAUAGACAUGGGUGUAAUUGACACCAGCGACAAUGGCCCCCCACUUUCAAAUGGGUGGUGUCAAACAGAAACAGUUGUUACCCAGGCCCUCUCUAGCGAUAAACCCUUCCAAACCAGGGAAUACAGCUGCUGUUGGAUCUAUGAGUACCCCAAUUUUACAUCUCCAGAGUGGAGUGUACUGUCAAAUGUGGAUUUGGGCAAAAGAUCAGACACUAAGAAGCCAAAUAACUCCCCUGAUAUUGCCGUUCUCCCUUUUCUGCGGGUUCCUCAGAACUGCAGACGCACCUACAAACCCAUAGCCUUUGACCCUGAUAGAGAUGUUGUUCGAUGUCGAUAUGGAAAAAAAAUGACUGCAGAAUGCGGUGGCUGUACAAGACGUGGGGGAUUCUACUUAGAUGAGGCUACAUGCACACUGGACUAUAUGGCUUCUGGAAUCGAAGGCGUCCAUGAAUUUGAAUUGGUGGUGGAGGACUUUCCACGACAGAAUGUUAUGCUCUCUUACUCUGAUGGAACCACGUCUUACAAGUAUCCAUGGAUUGCACGAAGAAAGAGAGCUGAUCCGACUACUGUCCGUACUACUACUACUACUGUCCCUACCACACCCAUUACUAAACCUGCCACAACUACGGCAAUACCAUGGUGGUACUGGUGGUAUUAUUACCACUAGCACAACCAUCGCCUACUACUACUACGACUCCCACACCCACUACUUUACCAUUCUCGAAGACUGCGCUCAGUUUGCUGCCUAUGCAGUUUGUUGUUCUCGUGGACCCACCUGUUCCCACUUGUGCUGAAGGAUAUUAUCUGCCAAAGUAUGUUUCCCCAACACCCACAGACGGAGAGGUCAUUCUGGCAGAAGCUGGAAAAGAAGUAGAGAUAAAAAUCAAGGCUGAAGCUCUUUAUUCAAAAGUUCAUGACCUUAUAAUGACCGGGCCGCUGAAUAUCACCAAGCACAGAACCACUGGAGAUGAGUUCACCAUCAGAUGGACUCCUACUUCUGAAGACAUCGGAGACUAUUUUCCAAUCUGCUAUGCUGUUGAAUUUAAAAAUGGAUCUUCCGAUUUCCAAACUGAGAUGAGAUGUGUGGUGGUGAACGUUACAAAAGAUGUAGUGAACACAGUGGUCACCUGUCUGGAGUCUUCCAUGAUUGUGGAGGUGGAGAAAGCCACAUUGCCUCCACUCCGUUAUGAAGAUCUGCGUCUGUCUGAUCCCAGUAACACAGCCUGCAGCCUCAACUCCAACAGCACCCAUAUAGUCGCCAUAGUGCCCCUCAACGCCUGUGGCACCCAGAUCGAGGAGGAAAACGAUGAUCUGCUUUUCAAGAAUGAGAUCACCAUAAUGGACAGUAGCUCUGUCCUCAUCACCAGAAGACACCAGCUGGAAAUCAAGUUCUUCUGCCAGUACUCCAAAAGAGGAAAUGUGAAAGCCACCUUCAAUGCUCACAGACAGAAUGUGACAGUGUGGGACAAAGGCUUUGGGAAAUUGAACUAUGGCUUUGAGUUCUUCCCAGAUCAGAGGUUUGUCUCCAGGAUCGAUCCCCAGUUCUACCCUCUGGAGUAUGUCGUGGGUGAUCGCAUCUUCAUGGAGAUCGAUGCAUCAGGUCUACUCAACAACACAGAGCUGUUUGUGGAGUCCUGCAAAGCUGCACCCUAUGACAACCCCAAUUACCCUACUCCCUACAGCCUCAUUGAGAACGGCUGCAACUCAGACUCAACACUGAUCGUCUAUCCAAGAAGUCACAGCAAACAAUUCAAAUUCAGCUUUGAGGCCUUUAAGUUCAUUGGCCUUCAUGACCAGGUCUACAUCAGCUGCUCGGUGUUGCUGUGUGAAGCUGGAAACCCAUACACUCGCUGCGCUCAGGGAUGUCUGCCCAAUGCACCAAGUAGAGUCAGGAGAGAGGCCACCAUUGAGUCUGGAGUCCACUAUGUGUCCCAGGGCCCACUGCGCCUCAAGAGAUCUGUGCAGGCAGAAAACACAGGCCUGAACUUGAACCUCAACCUGGCCUUCAUCGCUGGCUGUGCUCUGGCCGCUGUGGGGAUGAUCUGUGGAGUCGUCUUCUACAAAGCCAAGAAAUCAAGUGUCAAUUACUAAGUUCUGCCUUCAGACGAAAACUAGAAACACCACCUGCAGAUGCAAGAAACACACUGCACUAUUAGAAUACGGUGAUUAAUGAAGAAUUAUGGGUGAAGGAUUUUAAUGUUUUUUUUUUUGUAAUUUUAUUUUGUACAAUGUGAUAAAUUAAGAUUAAAAAUUAGAA